CCCCGCUCGGCUCAGUCGCUCCUCCCCCAGACGCAGACAGAGAGCAGCCGCCAAGUGACGAAACCAAGAAAGAAACGCCGGCGACCGGCGAUCGAUCGAGAUGGACAUCCUGGAGCAGCCCCUGGAGGCCGUCGCCUUCCGCGUCCACUCCCUCCCCGAGGCCGCCGCGGCGUGGACCUGGCUCGCCGCCGUCCUCGCCGCGGCCGCCGCCGCCGGCGUCUGGCGCCUGCGCUCCUCCACGGCGCCGUCCGCCGUGAUCACGGACGAUGUAUCCAAGCCUUUGAAUCCGGAUACGUCCCCGUUGUUGGUACCGGCGGCAGCGGAGGCGGAGAGAUGGGUCGGGAGAUUAUCGUGUGAGCCGACGACGUCGACGUCGUCGGUGCCGGCGCUGUCGCCGAGGGAGCGGUACACGGCGUACUACCAGGACGCCGGCUGCGUCGGAUGCUGCGACGUGGAGAGCGACGAGGAGGAGGGGACGGAGGAUCGGGAUCCGGAAGAUGACGGCGGCGUGUACGUGCCGUCGGAGGCGGGUCGUUUCGAAUGGGAGGUGGUGAGGCCUCUGCUGCCUCCCAUGGCGGCGACAGCCGCAGAGACUGGGCGAUUCCAGAACCCGAGGGCGCUCAGCGGCAGCGUGGUGCGGCUGUGGGAUCAAGGCGGCGACAGGAGCUUCAUUGCCGCGGCGGCGGCGAGCCGGAGACGGAGCGGCAGAGCUGGCACCGUCUCGAGCUUCUGAUCAGUCAAGACGACUGUGGCGCACUGUUCUGUCGUUUUUAGAUGAAUCUGGCAAUAAACUGUGAUCUUUUAGGAGGAAGCGAAAUGUUUCCGUAGCUGAAUUAGGUAGCCGAUGUACUCUGCACAUACCAUGUUUUCAUCCAAUCAUAUUGCUUGCAACUCGAUCAGUUACUAGUUACUCUGCA